AUGGCUCCUGCACAACCUCCCGAGAACUGGGGAACCCCGCUUGGAAGGUCCAGGGGCCAAGGCUGGACCAGGGCCGAGCGGCUGGACGAUGCUCUACCAGAGCGCUAUUCCGAUCACGAGGAAAUCUUUCUGAAGGACAUCUUCCAGUGGACACACAAUGCCGAGCCGGUGGGGAACCCAAUCUCCAGCCGAGCACUCUUUCGGAAGGAUCCGGGGCCAGUCAGUGUUGUCCCAGAGGCGCAGCUAACCUCCCCCAAGACACCACUGCCUGAAGUGCAACACUGGGAUGUGCCUGGCGGGCCUACCCUUGACAGCGACAACACACAUUACAUGCUGACUCCCGUGAGCCACACGCCAACGCACUUGCCGGUGAACCACAGCCAAGCACCGCCAUCUGCACCAAAGCAGGAUGCUGGUGCUGCUGUGCAAAUUCUUCCCAGCUCCCACUGGAAGUCCCCGCAGCCGGCACCCUCUGUCACGCAGCCACCUGCCACGCAGCUGAAGCCUCACGGCCCGACCACGCCUGCAUAUGCCAUGGCCGCAGGUGCCAAGGGGCCGGGCAUCAUAAAGCCGGGCGCUCCAAGUAAGAAGGCGGCGGGGAAGCUGACAGCAGCUGGCAAGGGGGUGGCAAUGAAGUCCAAGUUCAAGGGCGUGACCUGGCACAGUUACAAUCGCCGCUGGCGCAGCAGCCUCCCAAUCAGCAACAAUCCGAGUCCGCACAUCCGCUACGCCUCCACUGAGCUGGAGGCAGCCCGAGAUUAUGAUGAGUUGGUCAUCGCCAUCAAGGGCCCAGAGGAGUUCACCAACUUCCAGCGCGACACCUACCCAGACAAGGAAGUGCUCGAGGAGAAGUGGAGGAAGUUUGUGGAGGGAAAGAGAGGGCAGAUCGGCGAGAAACCAGAACAGCACGAGAGAACAAUCAAGGCAGACAUUAAAAUCAAUGAUGCCUCAGCCGAGAAUGACUCACGCGCACCAGAGGACGACAGCAAGGACGAUUCUCCCCGGUCUUCCACCGGGAAACCCCCGGCAGUGGGCACCGGGUCCUCCCGGUCCCCCCGCACGGCGAAAUCCAAGCGCCGAUUCGCCUUUGACGAGGUGUCAAACUGGGAGGGAGAUGUCGAGUGGGAAACAUGGCAAGGAGUCUGCGAGAAGUCUCUUGUGGCCACGCCUGAGGGAUGCCCUCUCCUCCCAGAGGAGCUGUGGCAGCAGAUAUCCUCACUGAUGACCACCAAGGAAUGGACCAUGGCCAGUGGUGCCUGCAAGGCUCUCCAGAAUCUCCAGCCCAAGCAGCUCAAAGUGGACAACUACGGAAGCUCUGUGUCCGCGUUGACAUGGCUCACCAAACAUUGGCGCGAGGCAGAAUCCAUCGAAAUUGACAUCUCCUCUGACGCGGAAGACCUGACGCUCGUGAUUCCUCCUUUGCCUCACCUGGAAUGGGUGUACAUUGACAGCUAUGAGACGCUGAGCCUCGUCAUUGUGGAUGUGGAGGUAUUUGCUGCCUCCAUACUAAGGCUGACUGUGGGGGCACUUCCCAUCAAAGGGCUGGAUCGCUCCGAUGCAGACGACGCUAAACUUUGGGAUGGGCUUGGAGAGCUCGUCGUCCUUCCCUCGCUGAAAGUUUGUUCGUACCAGACGCACUCAGCACCAGAUAACAAACCGCAGCACCUGGGCUAUUUCAAGAACAAGGAGCGAGCAGCCAGGCGGUAUGAUGAGCUGGUCUUAGCUCUCAGAGGCCCCGAGGCUCCCACCAACUUCCCACGCAGCACCUACCCGGGCAAGGCAGCGCUCUUCAAGAAGUGGUCGUCCUUCAUCAAAGAGAAGAUACGCAAGGACGCUGCACGCGAAGACUCAAAGCAGGCACCCAGGAAGAGGCAGCGCGGAGAGGUACCGCCAGAGCCCGCCAUAUCAGCCGCCGGCCGCCCCGUGACGGGGGGGCUCGUUCUGGAGCGCGCCCCCCGGUCUCCCCCCAGGGACCCCUCAGCGGUGGCCAGCAGGUCCCUCCGCCCCCGGCGCGCAGCCGCACUGAAGCGCUCGCGCUACUCCAUCGAGGAUGGCUCAGACUCAGAGGAAGGCAGUGUUGGGCAAUGCCGGGCUGUACGCCAGAGGCUUGGCGUCUGA